AUGUCGUUUGGGGUGGAGUUAACGUCGUCUCCGGAGGGUCAUGAGGAUGCCAACAACGAACGGCUGGAUUUGAUUGAUCCAACGGCUCCCAACUGGUCACUUCCCAGCGAGACUUUUCUCAGAGCAGCUGUGUCUCUCAAGGACCAGGUGGUACAGGUCACGUGGGAAGGAGGAGGGGAUUCGGGUUCGGGUCUGCGGACGGGUAUGGUGUUGGAUCCGACAGUGUAUACGGGUUUGCUUGGUACGGCUUUUACGUGUUUGAGGUCUUACGAGGCAACUGGUAACCGGCAGGAUUUGGUGCUGUCCUCAGAGGUUGUCGACAAGUGCGUGACCGUCGAACGUGCGUCCACAAGGCAUGUGACGUUUUUGUGUGGUAGAGGAGGAGUUUACGCCAUUGGAGCUGUAGUGGCCAACUUGAUUGGCGACCAUCAAAGGCGAGACUUGUAUUUGAACCUUUUCCUUGAGGUAGCACAAGAGAAGGCCCUCUCAGUUGGGCCAGAGGAAGGUGGUUUUGGAAUGUCAUAUGAUCUUCUACAUGGGAGAGCUGGUUUUUUAUGGGCAGCUUUGUUCAUAAACAAGUAUCUUGGACAAGAGAAGGUGCCAAGUGAUCUUCUAAUGCCUGUGGUGGAUGCUGUGUUGGCUGGAGGUAGGGCAGGUGCAUCUGAUAACCCUUCCUGCCCACUCAUGUACAGGUGGCAUGGGACAAGGUAUUUAGGGGCAGCCAAUGGCCUGGCUGGAAUUUUGCAAGUCCUACUUCACUUCCCACUUUCUAAAGAGGAUGCAGAGGAUGUGAAGGCAACUCUCAGAUAUAUGAUGGCUAAUAGGUUCCCUCAUAGUGGAAACUACCCUUCAAGUGAAGGGAACCCCAGAGACAAGUUUGUGCAUUGGUCUCAUGGUGCAGCUGGCAUGGCCAUAACCCUGUGCAAGGCAUCACAGGUGUUUCCAGGUGACAGGGAAUUUCGCGAUGCUGCGAUAGAAGCAGGAGAAGUUGUGUGGAAGAAUGGCUUGCUGAAGAAGGUAGGACUUGCUGAUGGUGUGGCUGGGAAUGCCUAUGCCUUCCUUUCUCUCUACCGUCUGACCGGAGAAACCAUAUAUGAAGGGAGAGCAAGGGCAUUCGCAAGCUUCUUGUAUCACAAUGGUAGAGAACUUGUGACUGUGGGGGACACUCAUGGGGCUGAACAUGCCUAUUCCCUUUUUCAAGGACUUGCCGGAACAGCUUGCCUCUUGUUUGAUCUGCAUGUGCCCGAAAACGCCAGGUUCCCAGGUUAUGAACUGUAG